AUGGCCACACGAACAGCCAUCCCCUUCCUCGUGGGGAUGAUGCUGCUGACAGGCGUCUGCAACACCCUCCUGACCAAAUAUCAAGACAACCAAUGCGUGCGCGACUGCGAGAAUGUGAACCCGAACAAGCGAAAGGCCUUUGAGCAGCCUGUCCUGCAAACGGCGCAGAUGUUCGUCGGAGAAAUGGGAUGCUGGCUCGUCGUUGGUCUCCUGGCCCUCCGGACGCGCUUCUUCUCCAACAAGUCCCCGGCGGCGCGCGGCUACGAGGCUGUCGACACGCACGAUCGCGGAGACAGUGAUCCCAUUGCAGAGGAUAUGGAGGGAUCUUUCAAGGGCCAAUCGGUCUUGCGCGGUGCCAGGGUCACUCUGCUGGCACUGCCAGCCAUCUGCGACAUUUGUGGCACGACGUUGAUGAACGCCGGUCUGUUGCUGGUCGCCGCGUCCAUCUACCAGAUGACCCGAGGCGCCCUCGUCCUCUUCGUUGGGCUCUUCAGCGUCGUAUUCCUCAAGCGCCACCUCCACCUUUUCCAGUGGCUGUCGCUGGUCGGUGUCGUGCUCGGCGUAGCUGUUGUCGGCCUGUCGGGGGCCAUCUGGCCGGACGAGCAGAAGAUCCCGCAGGACGGGAAAUUCAGCGACGAUGCCGAGGUCGGCGGAUUGUCUGACACGGCGGCGGCGGUGAUUGGCGUGCUCCUCAUCGCCGGCGCGCAGAUCUUCACGGCGACGCAGUUCGUCUUGGAAGAGUGGAUCCUCGAGCACUCAGACAUUGAGCCGCUGCGUGUUGUGGGCUGGGAGGGUAUCUUUGGGUUCAGCGUGACGAUGCUUGUCAUGGUCGUGCUGCACCUGGCCAUUGGCCGUACGGAUGCCGGACGCUAUGGGUACUUUGAUGCCGUUGAGGGCUGGCGGCAGAUGACGACGAACCCCAAGAUUGGGUACACCAGUCUCCUGAUCAUGAUCAGCAUUGGUGGUUUCAACUACUUUGGCCUCGCGGUCACUCGCACCGUGAGCGCGACCUCGCGAUCAACCAUUGACACAUGCCGCACGCUCUUCAUCUGGAUCGUCUCGCUUGGCUUGGGCUGGGAGAAGUUCAAGUGGCUGCAGAUUGUCGGCUUCGCUCUCCUGGUCUACUCGACUUUCCUCUACAAUGGCAUCGUCCAGCCGCCUCUCAAGUGCUUGCAGACGGACGAGGAGAUAGAGGAGCUGUUGCCAGAGGAUCCCAUUGAGCGGACCCAUUAG